AGCAACUGAAGCGCGGCGUACACCUUAUUCACCGACCACAUUCAAAUCCUGGCUGAAUAGUAUUCCCCUCAAAUUCAAUUUCAAAUUGGUCCAGAAUUUUUUCAAAAUCAACAAUCAAAUAAUGAAAAUUUGAGACGCCACCACACACCUGCCGUCAGACGCCGCAUUAUCAGCUCAUCGCCACCGUAUCCGGCGUUUCUGGACACCUCCGCCGCUGCUCAAUCGUCCAGUCAAUCUCCCCCAUCCGUAUCUGGUGUAGAUUGAAUUGUAUUUUUACGGAGGAUUGAUUACUAUUGAAAUAUGUCAUUACUAAGUAGAUUCUUCUACAAAAGACCUCCAGACGGUUUGCUCGAACUUUCAGACAGAGUAUACGUUUUUGAUUCCUGUUUCUCAACUGAAGUACUGCCAGAGGAUAUAUACCGACUUUACUUGCACGAAAUCAUUAAUGAGUUACAUGAAGAAUUCCCAGAAUCCUCAUUUCUUGCAUUUAAUUUUCGGGAAGGAGAGAAGAGGAGCCAGUUUGCAGAGAUUUUAUGUGAAUAUGAUGUCACUGUUAUGGAUUAUCCAAGGCAGUAUGAGGGUUGCCCCUUGCUGCCGCUAUCUUUAAUUCAUCAUUUUCUUCGCGCGAGUGAGAGUUGGCUUUCUCUUGGGAAUUUCCAAAAUGUGGUGUUGCUCCAUUGUGAAAGAGGAGGUUGGCCGCUGCUUGCUUUUGUUUUAUCUAGCUUCUUGGUUUUUAGGAAGUUGCAUAGUGGUGAAAGAAAGACUCUUGAAAUGGUUUAUCGCGAAGGUCCAAAAGGUUUGUUGCAGCUAUUAUCCCCGUUGAAUCCGUUUCCAUCUCAGCUUAGGUACCUCCAAUACAUAUCAAGAAGAAACAUAUCCCCCGAGUGGCCUCCGCCUGAGAGGCCUCUAUCAUUAGACUGUAUCAUUCUUCGUUCAAUUCCAAGGUUUGAUAAUCAGAAAGGGUGCAGACCGAUUGUCCGUGUUUUCGGUAGAAAUCUCCUUAGUAAAGAUGGACUAUCAACCCAAAUGCUUUAUUCCAUGCAUAAGAAGGGCAGACAUGUUCGUCAUUAUCGCCAGAAAGAUAGUGAUGUCAUCAAGAUUGAUAUACAGUGUUUAGUGCAAGGGGAUGUGGUAUUGGAAUGCGUCCACUUUGACUUAGAUCCAGAAAGGGAAGUUAUGAUGUUCCGUAUUAUGUUCAAUACAGCUUUUAUUAGGUCUAAUAUAUUGAUGCUCAACUCUGAGAACUUGGAUAUCCUUUGGGACUCAAAGGCCAGGUUUCCUAAAGGCUUUAGGGCUGAGGUGCUAUUUGGAGAUGUUGAGAGCCGCUCUCCCCCCAAAGCUCAUACGCCAAUGUUGAAUGGAGAGGAGAAAGGUGGACUGCCCAUUGAAGCUUUUUCCAGGGUGCAAGAGUUUUUUAAUGGUGUGGAUUGGGUUGAUAGUAAUGAUGAUGCUGCAUUAUGGUUACUUAAGCAGUUAACUGUGUUGAAUGAUGUCAAGGAUUUGUCGAUGCUGAGGAGGAUAAGUGGUUAUUCAUCACCUCUUGAUUCUGAAGAAGAAAACAAUGCUUCCAGCAUUGCUGAUAGUCUUGAUUUACUGGACGCAGAGAAAGCCAUUGCACCCGACUUCAAUUUGCUGGAUGAUCGUUCAUCUUUCGAUUCUACUUUAGAGGAUGCCUCUGAACUCAGGACCUAUGAUAAUCAAAUUAAGCCAAUAAGGUCGACCCCUAUUGAUCUUAUCCAGUCUUUGACUACUGAUGACAGGCAGUUAGAUUCUCAUGCUAUUCGUGGAACUUUAAAGGAAAUGGAAAGUUCGGAUGCUGAACUUUUAACUAAUCUUCAGCCACCAUUGCAAACCUGCUCGUCUUCUGAUUCUGUUACAGGGCAUUCUCAACUACCUAUCACUGAUAGCAAGGAACUUCCUUCAUCUUCUCCCACUGGUUCGUCUGAAGGGCUGCUACUGCCAGCUCCUUUUUCACAUGAUAGUUCUAUGGACAUCCCCUCUCAUCCACCACUUCAUCCUUUAAUCAGUUCCAGUAAUACCGUACCCCCACCCCCACCCCCACCUCCACUACCUCGUAUUCAUGCUCCAGCAAUAGAUCCACCUUCUCGUGGUUCAGUCACAAUCCCUCCUCCACCUCCUCCUACAAAUAGUGGUUCAGUAGUUUCUCCACUUCCACCUCCUACACCAAAAACAGCUCCACCUCCACCACCACCUCCACCUCCACCUCCGAGGUCAACAACAUCCCCACCUCAACCACCACCUCCAACUGCCAAGCCAACAACAUCCUCGCCUCCACCACCACCACCACCACCACCACCUGUUAAUCCUUCCGGUGGUGUGUUAAUAGCAACUUCACCUCCAACACCACCUCCGCUGCCGCCACCUUCGAGUUGUGAUGUAUUAGCAGCUCCACCUCCACCUCCACCAUUGCUAGGACAUGGUUCAGCACCUGCUCCACCCCCACCCCCACCUCCGCCGCUUCUUGGACGAAGUCCAACUCCACCUCCACCUCCACCUCCACCGCUUCCUGGGAAUCCAACACAUUCUCCACCCCCACCUCCACCCGCUCCUCCUCUACCUCCACAACUGCCUUCUCGUAGUUCAGGAGCAACUCCACCUGCACCACCACCUCCUCUACCUCCACAACUGCCUUCUCGUAGUUCAGGAGCAACUCCACCUGCACCACCACCUCCUCCUGCAAGUCGUGGCCUAGCACCUGUCCCACCUCCGCCACCUCCUCCAGGCCGUGGUUCAGCACCUGUCCCACCUCCGCCACCUCCUUCAGACCGUGGUUCAGCCCCACCUCCACCACCUCCUGGUCGUGGUUUAGCACCUGCCCCACCUCCACCACCUCCUGGCCGUGUUUCAGCUCCUGCCCCACCUCCACCACCUCCUGCCCCACCCCCACCACCUCCUGGACGUGGCUCAGCUCCUGCUCCACCUCCACCACCUACUGUUCUAGGUGCAGCACCUCCUCCACCUCCAGGUCAUGGUUUACGAUCUGCUCCUCCACCUCCUGGAGGAAAGAGCUCCAGUGUACCUCCACCUCCAGCUUUAGGAAGAGGCAGAGUUUUGCCCUCAGCGAAAGGAAGAAGUUCUAGUUCUUCAAUCCCCCCUAAGAAAACUUCCCUGAAGCCCUUACAUUGGGUGAAAGUUACUCGAGCAAUGCAAGGGAGCUUGUGGGCUGAUGCUCCAAAACAAGAUAGUCAGUCAAAGGCACCUGAAAUUGAUAUUUCUGAACUUGAGAGCCUUUUCUCAGUGGCUUCUGCUUCAGAUGGUGCUAACAAGGGCGCAGGCGCACGUGGUUCCAAAAUAAAUAAGCCAGAAAAAGUGCAAUUGGUUGAUUUGCGUAGAGCCUAUAACUGUGAAAUCAUGCUCACGAAAAUUAAGAUACCCCUUCCAGAUAUGAAUAAUGCCAUCCUGGCUUUGGAUUCCUCUGCAUUGGACAUUGAUCAAGUUGAAAAUCUUAUAAAAUUCUGUCCUACUAAAGAAGAAAUGGAGACACUAAAGAAUUACAGCGGGGACAAGGAGAUGCUAGGAAAGUGCGAACAGUUUUUCCUGGAACUAAUGAAAGUUCCACGAGUUGAAUCCAAAUUAAGAGUAUUUGCUUUCACAAUAACUUUUAAUACUCAGGUGAAGGACCUAAAAGUUAACUUGCACACAAUCAAUGAUGCUGCUAGGGAGGUUAAGGAGUCUGUGAAGUUACGAAAAAUCAUGCAAACAAUCCUUACACUGGGAAAUGCACUAAACCAGGGUACUGCUAGAGGCUCUGCUAUUGGAUUCAAGUUGGAUAGUCUUCUUAAACUUUCUGAUACGCGUGCAAGAAAUAACAAAAUGACCUUAAUGCAUUACCUAUGUAAGAUCCUGUCUGAGAAGAUGCCAGAGUUGCUAGACUUCAGUAAGGAUCUUGGACAUUUGGAACCAGCAUCCAAGAUACAAUUAAAGACUCUGGCUGAAGAAAUGCAAGCUGUUAGCAAAGGCCUUGAGAAGGUUGAACAGGAACUAGCUGCAGCAGAGAAUGAUGGUGCUGUAUCCUCUGGCUUUCGGAAGGUGUUAACAAGUUUUCUCCAUAUUGCUGACGCGGAAGUUAGGUCACUUGUCAACCUUUACUCUGAAGUGGGGAGAAAUGCAGAUACACUGUCAAAGUAUUUUGGCGAAGACCCAGCAAGAUGUCCCUUUGAGCAAGUGACUCAAACUCUAGCAGUCUUCACCAAGCUGUUCAAUAAGGCUCAUGAUGAAAAUGAGCAGCAGGCAGAAGCUGAAAAGAAGAAAUUGGAGAAGGAAGCACUCAAGGAACAAGUAGCAACUAAUUCUCCUGCGUGGAAGGACUCGCCUGCAAGGAAAGAAGGCAUAGAUGCUCUUCGUGCAAAAAUAAACGCUCGUAAUCAGAAACAAGCUUCUUGAUGCGCGGACCAGCAGGUAUUGCUUUUGGUGUCAUCCCUUUCGUGCAAUAUCUCAACAUGUUGCUCUGCCGCGUUGGCAUCAAUGAGUUUAGCAUGCAUCCACGGUUGAUUCAUCUCUCACAUGAAUAAAUCGUGGGUUGUGACUGGCUCUGCGGCGGGGCUAUUGCCUGUUGGUAGGAGUAUUAUUUCCAAAUGUAGAAAUUGUACAUUGUUAUUGCUACAAUCUGCGUAGAGGAGGGAGGCAGAGAUUUUGGGAGGCAAUUCAAUUGUUUGAAUUCAAUUGGCAGAUAUAUAUAUCUACUGUUCUUGUACAUAACAUAUCCCUUUUUUUAAAAUAGAAAUGUACGGAAUGGAAUACAUGUCAUAUAGUAGAUCUGUAA